GUGAGCUGCCAUAUUGUUUUUAGUGGUAGUCAAAGUACGGUAAAACUUGAAGAGAUUGAGACUCACUUGGAAUGCUACCAAGACCUUUGUAUUUCUCUCACCCGAGCAGCUAUUCAAGGCGACGAUCAAGAAAUCGCAGAAGCUCGCGUCGCCCGAAGCCCGAGUAUGAACGAAACAUCGUUUCCGCGUUUUUCGCUCUCGCCUCUGCAGUGCUUCUUGCCAUUGCAGAGGCUGAACCGAAAUGGCUUCAUAUUGUCUCGGGGAAAUGCCAAGGAAAAUACAUGGGAUUGUACAAAGUCAUCGCUUAUAAACAUCCUGAAGACCUAAGUAAGUUUUGUUUUUUCUUGUUAAUUAGGGAUAAGUUGACCGAGACGUGACGUCUUUUGAAACAGCAUCACUUCUGACAGCAGAUCAUUACGGGAAUUCUUAAUUUGCUUUAACUCAUUCCAAAAGCUUGCAACCGUCAUUUCUUUAUAAACUACAGUUUUUAGACUUUUUCUGUUUAUUUUUUACAUAUAUUCUAACAGCACUAAAGUACAGCAAACAGAAUUAAGAACGUAAAUUUAGUGUUCCCGGAAAUCCUAUGCUGUUUUUAAGUAUAUAAAUUGCACUAUGAUGUAAUUUGAGACUAGUUUCAAUUUGUUUGUUACCCUGAUUUGUUGUUUCUGCCUCAUCUUCAGUAAUAGCGUACGUGGACGAUUUUCGUUUCCAUGAGUAAAGCUAAUUUCUUCAUAACUGCGGUACAUGCAAAUAUCUUGAUAAUUUAUCAAUAUAGGUACGUAGUACAUGUACCUUCAUGCCUGAUCAGUAAAGUCUUUAUCCUAGGCUUCACUCGGCAACAGUGUGAUGCGGUAGUUAACAAUAAUUUUUAUUCAGCAAAACUGUGGUCAAUAUCAGAUUGAUCGAUACCAAGUGAGGAAGCUCUACUUUGAGCAGCUAAUAUUGUUUUAAUACACACUAAGCAAGUGAAAUAGCUGCUCACAAAAUUGUUGCUACUGAAGGCUUUUUGCCAAGGGGCCAAUGGCCAAGGAUUCAGCCCAGGAUUCCCCGCUUGUAGUUAAAGUCACUCUAAUGUUGCAUCAAGUCUCAGUGUAGCAAGAAAGUGUAUUUUCAGUGAUCAUUUCUUUAAGAGCCUGUUUAUAUGAGAUGAGCCAGCCUGCUAAGCUGGGCUGGCUCAUGAGGAGGGAAAGCAUGAUCCAGUCCAGCCUGGUAAAGUGAGCUAGCUUAGCUAAUAUAAAGCAGGCUGGCUCACAUCAUAUUGACAGGCCUAGGGAGGGAGGGAUAGGAAAAAACCAACGACAAAAUGGCACACAAACAGCAAGCUAUUGCAAAAACACUUUGUGAAGAUCUGCAAGAAAGCAACUGCAUAUACAAGUCACGAGGUGCCCCUGCUAGAGGCAUUGGACCACCCCCAGUACAGCUGGAAAAACUGCUGACCAGCAUUAUUUCGAGGUUAACUUUGCCCAAAUUGCAUUUAGCCACAUCUAAUCUGUUACAUCUGUCUAAAUCAUCACCAUCUUCAGAACCAUCAUACUUUUUUAUUGCCAUGUCAAUACCACUUUGCCUGACCACUGAGUGGGUUCUUUCAGUAAGCACCAAUUGCCAAUGAAAAGCAUCGUCUACUUCACUCAGAGAGGUCAUCUAAUUUUUCCCCAAAUAAUAUACAUGUAACUGUUGCAGUAAUGAAAGAAACAUUUCAAAAGUAGGUUGAGUGUGAUCGUCUGGGUGAACGUAGCCCUGAAUAGGACUGUUGUUGUCGACAGUGACUGACGUUUCGACAACCUGUGCGGUAGUCAUCUUCAGAGUCAAAGUGAGUUGUAUCCCGUCAGUUGAUGGUAUUAUACUCCGGCUAUUGAUGUGAUUGGUCAAUUAUGUCGCGAUGUUAUUGGUCGUCUGUCAGUUAAGCCGUGAUGUUAUUGGCCAUGAAGACUCGUAAUCAGUAAUUGGUGCGUUUUGAUCCGUCUAUUGUCACAGUUAAACAGUUGUCUAUUGUUAGUCAAAUUGUCAGUUCUCCAGUCGUUCUCUCAUUCUUUGAAUUUAAUUGACACCUCUUCAAACUUACUAAAGGUGAGCCUGGUAUGUUUUGAAAUUGUGUCAACAUAGCUUAAGGGCUGUUUAGGCAUGGUAGUCUCUCUAGAAGAAUGUCAGAAACGACCUGGUAUUUGGCCUUGAAGCAUUGGCUUGCAAAAGAAGCUCUCCACUAUGUCAUGAUCAUGAGUAUCUAAGGUCAAAUUUCUCCAUAGAUCACUGCCUUUGGCUUUGCCUAAAUAGAGUUAGAGGGAUACUAGAUGAAGAACUUAGAUCAUGACAAGUCACUGGUAGGACUAUAAACGUCAUUUAUGCCAACUCUCCUGGAUUAUCUGGGAGUUUCAAGGAUGUGACACUGAUUUCCCGCUCUCCUGCACAGGUCACCAAAUGUCCUGGAUAAAAUAGACUUUUGAGCUCUUCUCAGGGGCACCCAACGACAAUUUUCGGAAAAAUAUUUGUUCGGAAGACGAUUUGAGAUCUAGAAUUUUCGAAACAUUUCUUGUAAAAUUUCUUGCUUACCUGCCUCUCCUAGGAUUUUCGAACAUCUAAAAAAUGGUAUAAUUGCCUAUUUUUAACGGAUUUUUACCCUAAAAAGGUCACCUAGAAUUUUCGGGAGCCUUUUUUCUGGCUGAAAUUUUUGAAAAGGUGAGUUUUGAUCCCUAUAAUUUUCGGAUCACUAGACUUUCAGCUAGGAAAUCCGAACAGAGGAAAAAUUUUUAGGGGAUGAAAAUAUGCCUAUAUCUACCGUUAAAAUACUGAAAUACGUUUAACAAUGCUAUGUUUAAGUGGUUUUGAACUGUAUUCUCGUUGGGUGCCCCUGUCUUCUGUGCUUUAGUUUGAGAUUUAGCCCAUUUUUUUCCCCAUUGUAAGGUUUCUGGGCAUUUUUGCACUUAUUUAGCCCCUGAUAAAGAUUAUAAGUUUGUCAUUUAUACAAAUUACGAUGAAAAUGAAUUUGAUAGCAUGUACUUCACGUAAGACUUGUGUACAGUUCUAUUCAAAAGUAAGUUGACCGUCCAUUGCAAGUCUCGAUUCUUGACUCGAUUUGAGAUCGAGAAUGAGCUAUCAAGAAACGAGUCAUGGAUCAAGUCUCGCGAGGCAGAAAACAAAAGAUUCACCCAUGACUGAUUUUUAGAUAAUUUUACAUAGACAUACAACUGUAACACAACACGAUAUAGUUUAUUCGCGCAAGAGACUGUAUGCUCAAAGCAAGACCAAUUCAAGUUAUAAAGUGAAUGUUUCUUCAAGGAUAUCUGUAUCAAGCUUCAUUUCCUCAAGUACAGCUUCAAAUAUUUGCUCCAAAUGCAAACAAACAGUGUAUACUUGUGUACGAGCAAGAAGGGAAAUGACAGCAUGUUUAUUUUGUAAUGUCAAAUGAUUCUGGGCUUAUUUGGCCACUCGGCAUGAUAAAGAUCAGCUGUAACAUAAUCCAGCUCACAGAGAGUUAAGGUGGCUGAACACAGUGUUGGCAGUUUGUGAGUAUAUGUCAUUUGUUAAAUCAUGGCAAUAGAAAGGUUGCAGCUUACAAGCUGAAACUGGCAAGUGAAAAAUAUACUGAUGAAAGAUUUUGAUCGACAGGUAAAAUGUGACGUUUUUGUUGUUUCCAUGGUAACAUGAAUGAUUGAAUACAACCUUAAAAUUUCACUUUUGCUCAGUCUACAUAAAAUUCUAUCAUUAGAUUUUCCUAUAAACUUGCGCACAGCUUACUAUGAUUAAUCAUUACCAUUUGAAGCUUAUUUGACUGAAUUUUAACAGACGGGUUUUCAGAUAAUCAAUAAUAUAAUUGUAUUGUAAUUAUUUAAUGUCUCACAAAAUUUGUCUGUUCAACUUUCAUUUUAAAGUUCUCAUUAUUUAGAAUACAAUAAAAGUCAAAAUUCUGCCAAAUAUCACAAAAUUUUGGUGAGUAGAUUUUGAGAAAUUGUCCUCUGUAUACCAUUGCUUUUUACCCUGCCAUGUUUGUUUGUCUAACGUAAAACAUGUGCCGUCACGCGAGUUACCACUGACUGCCCACAAAACUGUGUUCAGCCACCUUAAGUGCAGUAUGUACAUGUUAACACCAGGUUUAUAUUACAUGUAUAUUCAAAGAGUUUCUUGUAAUGUGAAAUGUACUUUGUUUUCUGGCAGAACUGUAUUGCUUCACAACAGACAUUGUUCUUCUUUUGCGUGUGGUUGUGGCAGUGUGUUGUAUAGGGAUUGUUGCAAGCAUGUUUGCUUGUUUACUGGAUUUGUGUGGUACACUGAACAGAUGUCUCAAAGUUGUCAAGGAUUAUUCUUUUGGAAAUGUCAUCACAGGUAAGCUUGUUUUUGUGAACAUUACCUUUAAAAAUGCUGUAUACAUUGACACAUGAGUGGUAUUACCUUUUCUCUGACUGUUAGCUGACUGGUGAGCAACAUUUGACCAAAAUUAAAGUCACUCAGCCGAAUUAAGCUGACAGUUGGCUGACAGUUUUGGGAGGGAGAUGUUCUUUAUUACAUUUACCAAUUUAUUAUUUCAUUACUCUGCGGUUAAGUUUUGGCAAAAACUUGGACUUAAGUCUUAUGCUACUUUUGACUGCAAAACAGUUUGUAUUUUUGCAUAUUCAAGUAUGCGCAAAUGCUCAAACAAAAGUUCUGGAGUGAGGCUGAAAACAGAGAAUGAGACUGGGGGGAGAUGCUAGAAACGGACUGUCUGUUUUGAAUACAUUAUAUAUAUUCAUUUAAAUUACCCGCUUCUCCCAGCCAUGGGCAAUUCCUACUGGCUAAAUUUUGAUGCAAGCUGUUAACAAGCCAUCAAGUUAUGUUUCCAACAAGUCAUUCAUGAUGUUUCCCUACGGUGAUGAAUUCACCGUCCGUUGCCCAUGUACAGUUUUUCUAUAAUUACAUUUUUUGCUAAGGCAUCGCAGCGCAGUUUCUAAGCUUUGUUCCGCUUGGCGAGCAAACUCUUCUGGAGAAAGAUUCUUGGCGGGUGUAUCAAAUUUGCAAAGAGGGUGGAGUUGUAAACAGAUUUUUGACAGCUCAAUGACAUUUUUUAACCCCCCCUUGUCAGAACAAACUCAUUGUAUGGAAAAUGGACAGUUGUUUGUUUUUUUCUCUUGCAAGUUUCUUUUUUGCUUUUGGAAAGUUGAAUCUUUAAAAAGGAUUCAGACAAAUCUGCACUGUGAUGGUACCAUUCUCCCGUCUUAGGAUUUUUCAAGCUUUUUCCAUUAUGUUGACUUUCACGGCACCAAAUAAUUGUGGUCACACUAUAUCUUUUGCCAAGGGCUCCCCUUUGGGGAAUAGCUUGAAUUGGGCUUACUGUGGGUUUGGGUUAGGGUUAGAAAAAUUUCCCCAGAAAAAAAUUUCCUCAAAAUUUGCUGUAAUGCUGCAGUAAGUAACUUGUUUUCCUGCGUGAGUGCCUGUUUUUGUGAGGCUGGUUUUCUAUUUAGGCUUGAUAAUAAGCGGCUUAAGUUGAGGUGUUUUUGAACACUGCAUGUCAGCCCGUGCUGAGGCCUUUUCCAUUCUAAAAUGCCUUUGCACUACUGAAUUUUUAGCGGUUGGUACGGUGUCAUCCACUCUAAUUAUAGAGACGAUUGCCCCCUUAAUCAUAACUAUAACAAAAUUGUCAAAUCUGAUUGGCUAUCAACUGCCCUGAUUUUUGGACAGUUUAAUAGGACAGUACGCGUCAUGCCUAAGUAAUUGGACAGUACGCGCCAUCACGCACCUGCUUAAAUGGCUUUUGUUUCACUGCCAGCAAAACAAAAUUUCGAAUUUCUUGUGUUUUGAUUUAAAAAAUAGCCUAUUGAAUUACAAUUUUGUUAAAGCUAUGAUUAAUUGGUAACAGAACUUCGUGUUGUCUAAUUUGGUCUGUAAUCAUACUCGUGAUUAAACAAAAUCGGACUCCCACUAUGUGGUUGUCCGGUUUUGUUAGUCACUUGUAUGAUUAUAGACAGAACUGGACUCCACUCAGUCCUGUUACCAUUACAAAUUAGGGAAAAACCAGUGCUUAAGAAUACAAAAAAUCUACUUCCUGUUGACUUGCCUCACUCAAAAAUGUCUCUGCUUAAGCUCCGCAAUAAUUAGUCAGUGUGUAAAGAGUGAAGAAUUACAUGGCUUUAUCAGUAAUACAUCUUGUUAAAGUUCAUACACUCCUUUUUUUCGCUGCAGUUGUCAUGUGUGUUGGCUCUACUCUUCUUGUUUAUUGGGUAACAAGAAUUCUGGAAGAAGUAUCAGAGAAAGAGACUGGAAUUAAAUCCAAGAUUAAAUUUGAUAUCAGCUUUUUUCUUGUGGUGGCAGCUGGAGCAUCAUCUGUAAUGGCUACUGGGUUUAGCUUACUCAUGCACUGUUUCUUACAUCGUGCAAGCAGGGAAAGAACUCGUUCUGACGAUGAGCUCUCACUAGAGCUUAUGUAUUCCAUGUUACCUGCAGACAGCUUUUCUGACAUUCCUCCUCCUGCCUACUCUCCUUGAAAGAGGAAAAGCACUUCAUCAAUCAAUCCAUCAACGUUUGGAGCCCUUUUUUGCAAAAUGUUCUUAAAUGAGCAGGUGGGGGUAGGGUACUCCAUUCAAUAAACUUUACUAGGACAUAACAGCCCAACCUGAAAACCAGUAUGAGGGGAACAAAUCAUGUAAUUACCUAAUAUACUAGUAUAAUUAUAAUCAAAAAAGAGAUCUUAGUUUUGAACUGCAAUUUCUUUAUGCUGGGUCUCUAGGUCCUUGCUUCUUGCACUCCCUCCUGUUUUUGCUAGCCUGUGUCUACACUAUACUAUAUAGCUUACUGAUAUUUUCACGUGGCACCAAAGGGUGGCACAAAAAUCUGACUGAUAGGUAACUAUUCAGUUUCAAGAUCAGCUUAGUGCAGCUUCAUGCCGUUACAGAAAUCAGGCAGAAAUCACUGUUCUCAAGUGUGAACAGAAUCUGCCAGAUACAGUGUUCAAUCUAGGCCACAUUUUUUUUAAAAAUUCUAUUCUGAUGCAAAAAGAAUCAUUGUGGAGUCAUACUGAUGCAAAAAAAAGUUGACUCAUAUGUAAGUUCUUCCAAAACAGUAGGCAAUAGAAAUUAUUAUUAAAAGUAAAGGUAAAACAUAAGGGUGCUUACUAGCCUGAAUGAGCAUGCAAAAUCACUAUCAUGUGAUUACGAUUAGUUUUUAUGUCAAGCGCCAUUCCACACAAUUCCAGGAGAGACUGGAGGGUACAUUUGGACUUUCCACAUACAUUGCUUUGCCGAUCGAUUUACGCUUCAUUUAUUGGCGUUCUUUUGUUUUCAUUUCAUUAUAAAACAACAACAAAAGCUAAGUUCAUUUUUUGCGCAAAAGAGAAUGGGAGUUCAACCUCAAAAACAUGAAGAUCAGCUGAAUAAGGAAGGCGGUGAAGCUGGAGAAGUCAGUUCAAUGAUGUCAGUUGUUCAAAGUUUCAAUAUCAUAGUUUGACCCAGACCAUUUUGGAAAUGACCAAAUUAAAAUGCCAUGUGGCACAUAUGACCCACUUUGACUAAUUUCUAGACUGAACAUUGCAGAUACAAGAGCUAUUCUGGUAUAGUGCAGACAGUUCCUUAGAGUACAGCCUUGGGGUGCAUUGAAAAAGCUGCAGAGUUAGAUUUUGUCUAGUAUAAGAUUUUUUUUGUAACCUUGAGCAUGCACAGUUAAUGUAGUCUGGUAGAGACUGAAGGUUUUGGAGUCCCAGAAAUCAUCAAGCACUAACCCCCUCCCCCCACAAUAGACAAUAGAGAGCUUAACCAAAGGCAUUUUAAGCGAUGCUUGUCAACUGCAAGUGGACUUUUUGCAAACAUAAUCAGGCAAUUUGUGUCUAUAAGUUAGAGUAAAGAUGCCCAGCAGUACAAAUUUGGUAAUGCCAAGGCAUAUUAGAAGGGAAAAAGCCACAGUUCCAGUUGACCUGUGUUGAUCAAAAGUGCCAUUGUUAAAGCUCCUUACUGUAGAGAAAACCCCCACCCCUUAGCCCCACCCAAAGUUAUCAAUAAUAAUUUCAAAUAAAUUAGGCUUGUAGGUAGACAAUGAUUUUAUAAAAAAGGUUUACAUAUUGAGGCAGUCACAAACAUCCAUCACUUUAUACAGUAAAACAAACAUCCAAACACUAAAAAUAUGUCUAUACACAAUUAUCAUUUCCAAAUCCUUAAUAAUUCAUGUUUAAGAAGGACUUUGAUUAUGAUCAUGAUCCCUGUAUCGAUCUCAAUUGCCCUUAAACAAACACCUUCCACUUCUUUGUCCUUCAUUCGAAUUUCAUAUUUUCCAAACUGCAAAUCCAGCAGAUAGUCAACAUACGAAGUCUCAUAUCACCGUAAAAUUCAUGAAGUAUCAUUGUGUGAGUCCUUUUAUGUUCACAGCCCUUCAAAGAAUGCUUCUUCAGAUUCAACAGUAAGUGAUAUACUGAAAACCUGUGAUAAAUUUAUAUGCAGUACAGGGCUUGAGCGAUUUGUCUGUUUCGAAAAAAAUAUUUUGUCCUCUUUAUAGAGUUUGCAUUCUGUGCAUUUUGGUCUCCUCAGAACCAACAAAGCUGUUCCAAGUAAAAAGUUGUCCACAGUAAGAGGAUUAUUGCAUGUCGAUAGAAUUUUUUCCAAUGAAGUUGUUAAAAUAAUUAUUUUUUAUUAAAGGUAAUGAAAAUCUCAAGGAAAAUGAACUCAUUGGUAAUCAGAGUUUUAUAUGAUGGAACGCCAUUGAAAUUGUUUUGACUGUUAGACCAACCACUAGUGAAUGUCACAUGCCAUGAACUGUGAACUGAGUUGUAGAUAUGUUUCUGGACAAUACAGAGCUGAAUUCUCAGAUCUUUUAAGGAAAAGAUCAGUUAGCCACAAGUCAUGAUACCCUGAGGAAACACCCGACAUUUCGUGACUCCACCACUGGUUUCUCCCUGAAAUGUCUGAGAAAUUAGCCUGUUCCAGGCGUUCAGAUAGUGCGGAGUGGUGCAAAGUAGAGAAAGUGAUGAAGUGAUGAAGUACUUUGCAAUGCUCCCCACUAUCUGAACGCCUGGAACAGGCUACUGAGAAAUGAGUGCCGAAAUUCCAUACUGAUGAUGUGUCACUUACCCAGAUCUGGGUAGUGCUUCUUAUUGGUCAUGCUGCGAGGGAAAUUGGCUACAACCAAUCAGAGCACUACCCAGAUCUCAGUUGUGACGUGUCAUCAGCAUAAAAUUUCUGUUUUUUUUUUCUCAGAAGCCAUUUCGCAGGGAAACCAGCAGUAGCCUUGUGAAUUGUUGGCUGUUUUCCGGGUCAUAGUUAUCGGCAACUAAAUGAAGUAUCUACCUGCAGACUUCCAAUGAUGAGCAAAAUAUCAAGGAAACUCAGAAUAUUGGAAGUAGAAAAAAAAAUUUGAUGAAUGGAGAAAAGGUGUACAUAGUAUUUGUAUGAAAAUAUAAUAUUAUUUUCAGUGUAGCUAAAGACAAGUUAUAAAAUAACAGCUGUGUAAUAGUUUUUGUACUUUUUUAAAAUGAUUGUUAUUGUUAAUAAGUGUUUUGUGGCUGGUUUAAAACUGGUUAGCCAGAAAAUGGUUUUAUUGAAAAGUGUACCAUGAUAAUAUUACUGACAAUAUUAAUUUCUUUAACUUUUAAUGAUGUGUACAUGACUAUGAUGCCCAAGUACUGUGAAUUAAAGUAGGGUUUAAUCUUUUCCCAUGUCGUGUUUCUUAUUAGUCUUUUUCGCAGCCGCUCGGGCUGGAGUCACAUAAGCUUCCUGCCGCAGGGAGCUUGCGUGAGAGGCUAGUUUGUUUAGUUGGUAGUAUUGAAGAAAAUAUUAUACGUGUUUAUUAGCUUGUUAAUAGUAAUUGAAUGAAAAUCAAUAAUAUUAUUGUGGACAACUGUACAUAG